UGUUUGAGGUGCAAAAGGCGUUCGAAUAUAGGCGUCGAGAAUAAUGAUUUCGCAUUGUCUGGUGGAAGUGGAGAAGAUAAGAUCAAACUCUGCUUUGAACAAGUGCUAUGGCACAACAAUCAGCCACCGAAACCGAAGUCGAAGUAUAAACCGAGAGGAGAAAAGCCACGAGGACCACGAGCAGAGCUGCCACGUAUCGAUCCUGAAUUCAAGGCAAUUGUCGAAGGUCUUGACGACUAUCAUCGUAUCGAUUGGCCCAACAACAAAGAUUUCUGCAAUGGCCUUAAGCAUUUGACCAAUCAGUACACAGAUAACGUCGUCACCAAUCUUGAAACGCAUGCUAACAAACACAUCACCCAGUACUUGGUACUGAAAGUGUUCGAAUUGAACUCAAACUUGGAAGAGGAUGGAGAGAAAUUUUUGCCAAGUGACAUCGAAAAUGUUGUCAAGUUGAUCAUCAAGCAAAAAGAUAUCAAAGUGCCAAGUCGCGAUCCAAACAAACUUGUACGGUGUGAGGUGUUGUAUGAUAUCGUGAGAGAUUGCAAUGUGUUCCCAGAAAUCGAUCUGCAUGACCUUACAACUGACCCAAAACAUUGGUAUAAGGCCAUGCCAAUGUACCUAUCUAUGCAGCGCGAGAUAGAAGAGUACAAUUCGGAGUGGCCACAUCAGCGCCGACCCAAACAUAAGAAAAGAAAGCGAAAAAAGACAAAAGGAAAAUGGAAACGCAAGCGCAGCCAAAUGCUCGACAACCCAGAUUUUCGGCCAUUCAUCCGAAAUUUAGUAGUGGUGCCGAUGUGUGAUUUCCGGCGUACGCACUUCAGAAUCGAUUGUUCAUCCAUGCACCAGGUGUUGUCUUCGCAAAAAUUGCUACCGAAAGUGGAAAUCGAGAAUAAAAAAGGAACAACAAGCACGAAAACGAUUCAACAAAAGGAUUUCAAUCAUUCGAGAGAUUAUUGGUGGAAUCAGUAUUUUUACAUGCGAAAAAUUCGACGAUUCGUACGUGCCAAAAAGCAGUUUGUCUUUUCCAUAAACACCGAUGGAAUCUCUGUGUCUCUCCAGUACUCGGCCAAAAAGAAGACAGACAACAAAGAAAUCGACCAAAAAUCUCGCAUCAUUCAGAAGAUUGAGGAUGGCACAAUCAAAAAUUAUUCGGGCGUUGAUUCAGGUGUGCGAAGUUGGAAUACCACAACAACACACGACAUUGAAACUGGCAAAGAAACCAACUUUGUAAUGUCGAGCAAGCAAUUCCACUGGCAAACAGGUCAAAAGGUGCGAAAUGCCAAAGCAAAGCGAUGGACCAAAAAUUUCGUCGAAAUGGAGCGCGCAGACAGAGAAAAUCGUGAUCUGUAUCCAGUGAUGCCGUCGCCAAAAGGGUCAAUGUGGCUGAACUACAUCAAACAUCGAGUCAAGAUGAUGAAGCAUGGAAUCUGCGCUUACUCGACUGCCAAAUACACUCGACUCGCCUUGGACAAACACAUCAAGAGCAGUAGUGUUGUCGACGAAUGGGUGAAUAAGGUGACCGAUAAGAAACCGACUCUGUUCUUUUUUGGUGCUGAUGGCGAAAUACCACCUGAUAGCCCAAUAAGUAUCAAGAAGCACGUGCGCUGCCCAGGGGUGCGUAAGACUUUGAGGUCAAUAAAAAAGCGCCGAGAUUGUUUCAUACAAUUGGUGGACGAAUGGGGAACAUCUCAAACCGACGCAAGAUGUAUGAAUCGAUUCCAAAACCAGAACAAAGCGGCCAGAUUCAAGAAAUGCCGAUGUGUACCCGACGCCAGAACAUUGCUGCCAACGAAAAUUGUGUCAAAGUUGGGCAAAACGGAUCUAUCGAUCUACCGACAGUUGCAACGCGCCAUGAACGAAGAAGCAUUGGUAGGAGACGAGCGUUUAUUCCCAAAAGUAAAAUGUUACUACAAAAACUGGCGAUUAAACCUCGAAUGCUCUGUGAUUUGGCAUCGUGACGUCGUGGCUGCUAAGAACAUUCUACUGAAAGGACUAUGGACAUUACUGGGACUUCCGAUACCGGAGGCGAUCAAUAGGUAUUGGCGCGAAGCUGCUGAAGCAGCCGCUGCUGUUGCCGCUGCUGCUGUCGCCAUCGUGGAUAAUGAUGUAGAAAUGUUCGAGUACGACCAGCAGCCAGCUGAUCAUGCUGUCUAAUCAGCACAUUGCAAACAAAAAAAAAACAAAUGUAACAUUAGUUAUUAAAGGCUAUCCCGAUCAUGUGGGAUAGUUGCGUUGAAGCAAGUUGACUCCCCAUCUGGUUGAUGUUAACUGCGCAGGAGUACUCUAGUGGGUCGUUUAGGUAAGCAUUAUUCGAUUUUGCAAAGAGUUUUUUUUUCUUCUGGAAGUGUUGU